AUGGCAGGUAUUAUUGGAUGCAUUGUUGUGUUUACAGCAACCUUUUUACUACCCAGUCUAGUUGUAACAUCCUCGUGUCACCCGCGAAUCGUUACUUGUAGAUGUGGAAAAACGACAGUGGAUAUUCAUAUUAAAAGGUGUAUGAAGAUAACUGCAUGGGGGGCAACCUGUAAACCGUGUGAAAAAUACAGAAAGUCUCAACUGUGUGCCAAAUAUCGACAUUGUGUUCAUUGUGAUGCUGAUGGAUGUUUGAAAUGCAAGAAAGGCUGGUAUGGAACAUUUUGUAGAGAAGAAUGUCGGUGUGAAAACGGAGGAAGUUGUGAUCACCAUGGUGACUGUCAGUGUUUACCAGGUUAUAUUGGAGGAUAUUGCCAAACCAAAAUUUUAAAAGAUUGUGGAAGUCCCAAUAUUCCCGUGUAUGGUGAAGUCAUACUGACCAAUACAACUGAAGGUUCUAUAGCCAGUUUUAAAUGUCCACCUAAUUUUCUAUUAAUUGGUCAAGUCAACCAGACCUGUUUAGACACAGGACAGUGGUCCGGGAAGGCACCAGUAUGUGAAUAUUCUUGUCCAGUUCCGAAAGUGUCCAGUCAUCUUGUGGUCCAGCCAGAGCCAGUAAAACAUAUGUCUGAUGACUAUGUUAUCAGUACGUACCAUGUUUUAUACAAUGUGGAGUUAAUACGACAAGUCAGGUUUAGUUGUGAGGAAGAUUAUGAAAUACAAGGGAGACAACUACUUUAUUGUUUACCAGACGGCACGUGGGAUUCAUCUCCACCAAUUUGUGUCAGAAAAUGUAAACCACCACCCCAGGUACGUGAUGGAGAAGUCUUAAAAGGUAACUUACGGUCUCUGGAAGGUGAUACCAUUGAGUACCGUUGCCAUGACAACUUUAGAAUUGAGGAUCAUUCGACAUUAACUUGUAUGAAUGGGUCCUGGGACUCCACACCGCCUCGCUGUGUGCCAAAGAUUCAGUGCGAUCAGCUGGAAGCAGAGAACGGACAUAUUACAUACAGUGACAAUGACAGAAUGGUGGGGUCGGAGGCAAUCUUGAGGUGUUACUCGGGCUAUAUUAAAAGCUCUAGUGACGACUACAAGGUGUGUGGACAGGAUGGACAAUGGAAAGGAGAAAAAUUCGAAUGUGUUGAAAAAGAAGAAGAAGUAAUGUUGUGUGAUGAACAUGAUGGUCCAGAGCAUGGUGGAGUUGACGAGUGGUCAGAAAGUCACUAUGAAUAUAUAUGUGAAGAGGGAUAUUUUAUCUCUGGCGAAACUCAGAAUUAUUGUAUCGAUGGGGAAUGGAUUCAUGACAUUCCAAAAUGUGUUCAAAGAACUACCUGUAAAGCUGUUGAUAAACCAGAUGGUUGUUCGGUAUGUUUUGGUGACGAUUGUUCAAAACUUAGACACGCCUCUGACUGUUUAAUGACAGCAGGUGACAUCGUUCUUCCAGAAGAUCGUUUCAUGGUCGGAACGGUAAUGGAGUUCCGAUACGACCGGAUGUUGUUCCAGCUUUUUGGAUCGCGUAGACGUGUUUGUCAGUCGGAUGGAGUUUGGUCCGGUAGAACAACAACCUGCGUACCACGGUGUGGUAUUCAUUCCUUUACGCGGAAGAUCGGCGUUACGCCGAGAAUUCGCAUGGGCCUUCCGACCAGUGACGGAAAAUGGCCCUGGCAGGUCGGGAUAAUAUGGGAUCAAGAUAACCUAAGGCUUCAAUGCGGUGGAUCGUUGAUAUCUGAAGAUAUGGUUUUAACUGCUGCUCAUUGCGUCGAAAGUGCGAGUGGUGUAAAGAAAGCAGAAGAAAUAAUGGUCCAUGUUGGAACAGUGAGUUUGACAGGGAAGCACAGACAGUUAGUUAAGGUCAAACGAAUAAUCAAACACGAGGAUUAUUUCAACCAUGGUUCAUUCGACAGCGACAUCGCAUUGAUACAACUACAUGAUAAGUUGACAAUAUCAACAACCAUAAGACCAGUGUGUUUACCUGACCCUUUAGAUAGUGAAGAUUAUGUUAUAAACGAUACGAACCUGGACCACAUGGUUCCUAUGAUUCGGAACCUGACCGGAGUAGAGGGCGUAGUUAUUGGCUGGGGUUUGACGGAGAACGGUUCAUCCCCAGAUAUAUUGAAGAUGACCAAUGUGAAAAUCGCUGACCAGAACGAAUGCAUUGAAUUUUAUGAAAGAUCCAGUACUAAUAUGAUGAACAUCACCGAUAAGAUGUUGUGUGCAGUGGGGUCGAAUCCAACCAAAGCGGAUGCCUGCUCUGGUGAUUCCGGAGGUCCACUUCUAGUAGAGGAUGAUUCGGGUAGAUGGACUGUUGUUGGUAUUGUUAGUUUCGGUCUCUUUAAUUGUUCCAUGUCGGUCGAAGAGCGGUAUGGAUUUUAUACUCGGGUGGAAAAAUUUCUACCAUGGAUUCAUCAUCAUCUUUGA